AUUUGGCGCGAGCGCGGCUGGUUUUGCUGCUGCUGGUGUUCAGUUUGUUCGGAGCUUGUGGUGGUGAGUCCCAGAGGCUGCGUGUGAGACCUGAGAAGGAGCCUGCACUGAGGAGGUGGAAAGGAGAGGAUUGCUCGAGGAGGCCUGCGAUCUGUGAGGCAGCGGAGUUGGGUGAAGGCUGCGGGUUCCGGCGAGGCCCGAGCUGUGCUGCCAUCAUGCCUCAAACCCGAUCCCAGGCACAGGCUACAAUCAGUUUUCCAAAAAAGAAGCUGUCUCGGGCAUUGAACAAAACUAAAAACUCUAGUGAUGCCAAACUAGAACUGACAAAUGUCCAAACUGUACCCCGUUCUCGUGUAAAAGUCCUGCCUCUCAGCCCCAGGAAACGUCUGGGUGAUGACAACCUAUGCAACACUCCCCAUUUACCUCCCUGUUCUCCACCAAAGCAAGGCAAGAAAGAGAAUGGUCCCGCUCGCUUACAUACACUUAAGGGACGAAGAUUGGUAUUUGACAAUCAGCUGACAAUUAAGUCUCCUAGCAAAAGAGAACAAGCCAAAGUUCACCAAAAUAAAACACUUUCUUCAGUUAGAAAAAGUAAAGAGAUCACAACAAAUCCUGAGCAGAGAUGUCCACUGGAGAAAGAAUCUGCAUGUGUGAGAUUAUUCAAGCAAGAAGGCACUUGCUACCAGCAAGCAAAGCUGGUCCUGAACACAGCUGUCCCGGAUCGGCUGCCUGCCAGGGAAAGGGAGAUGGAUGUCAUCAAGAAUUUCCUGAGGGAGCACAUCUGUGAAAAAAAAGCUGGAAGCCUUUACCUUUCCGGUGCUCCUGGAACUGGAAAAACUGCCUGCUUAAGCCGAAUUUUGCAAGACCUCAAGAAGGAACUGAAAGGCUUUAAAACUAUCAUGCUGAAUUGCAUGUCCUUGAGGAGUGCCCAGGCCGUAUUCCCAGCUAUUGCUCAGGAGAUUUGUCAGGAAGAGGUAUCCAGGCCAGCUGGGAAGGACAUGAUGAGGAAAUUGGAAAAACAUAUGACUGCAGAGAAGGGCCCCAUGAUUGUGUUGGUAUUGGACGAGAUGGAUCAACUGGACAGCAAAGGCCAGGAUGUACUGUACACACUGUUUGAAUGGCCAUGGCUAAGCAAUUCUCACUUGGUGCUGAUUGGCAUUGCUAAUACUCUGGAUCUCACAGAUAGAAUUCUGCCUAGGCUUCAAGCUAGAGAAAAAUGUAAGCCACAGCUGUUGAACUUCCCACCUUAUACCAAAAAUCAAAUAGUCACUAUUUUGCAAGAUCGACUUAAUCAGGUAUCUAGAGAUCAGGUUCUGGACAAUGCUGCAAUUCAAUUCUGUGCCCGCAAAGUCUCUGCUGUUUCAGGAGAUGUUCGAAAAGCGCUAGAUGUUUGCAGGAGAGCUGUUGAAAUUGUAGAGUCAGAUGUCAAAAGCCAGACUAUUCUCAAACCACUGUCUGAAUGUAAAUCACCUUCUGAGCCUUUGAUUCCCAAGAGGGUUGGUCUUAUUCAUAUAUCCCAAGUCAUUUCAGAAGUUGAUGGUAACAGGAUGACCUUGAGCCAAGAAGGAGCACACGAUUCCUUCCCUCUUCAGCAGAAGAUCUUGGUCUGCUCUUUGAUGCUCUUGAUCAAGCAGUUGAAAAUCAAAGAGGUCACUCUGGGGAAGUUAUAUGAAGCCUAUAGUAAAGUCUGUCGCAAACAGCAGGUGGCGGCUGUGGACCAGUCAGAGUGUUUGUCACUUUCAGGGCUUUUGGAGGCCAGGGGCAUUUUAGGAUUAAAGAAAAACAAGGAAACCCGCUUGACAAAGGUGUCUUUCAAGAUUGAAGAGAAGGAAAUAGAGCAUGCUCUGAAAGAUAAAGCUUUAAUUGGAAAUAUCUUAGCUACUGGAUUGCCUUAAAUUCUUCUCUUACACCCCACCCGAAAGUAUUUAUCUGGCAUUUAGAGAGCUACAGUCUUCAUUUUAGUGCUUUACACAUUCAGGUCUGAAAACAAAUAUGACCUUUUUUACUUGAAACCAAUGGAUUUUAAUCUAUAGAUUCUUUAAUAUUAGCACAGAAUAAUAUCUUUAGGUCUUAUUAUUUUUACCUAUACAAGUGAUCAGGUAGAUCCUUUUUAAUUACAUUUACUACUUCUACCACUGUGUAUCUCUAGCCACUGUGCUUACAAGUGUACAGAUCUGAAAUGUGUCUAUAUUUACCUCUUUGUUUGCUCAAAUAUGACUGUGUUUUUGUUUUUGUUUUUUUGAGACCGAGUCUCGCCCUGUUGCCCAGGCUGGAGCACAGUGGCGCGAUCUUGGCUCACUUCAGCGUUCACUUCCUGAGAUCAAGCGAUUCUCUUGCCUCAGCCUCCCGAGUAGCUGGCAUUACAGAUGGGCACCACCACAUCCGACUAAUUUUUGUAUUUUUAGUAGAGAUGGGGUUUUACCAUGUUGGCCAGGCUGGUCUUAAACACCUGACCCUCAAGUGAUCUGUCCACCUCGGCCUCCCAGAAUGCUAGGAUUACAGGUGUGAACCACCACCCCCAGCCAUGAGUGUAUUUUGUUCAGAACUUUGAGGUUAGGGUAAGAAGAAUGUAAAAGAAUGAUCCAGGAAAAUUAAGCAAGUCCACGUGGAGAUUUGGAGGACACUGGUUAAAGAAUUUAUUUAUUUUUAGAGUAUACUAUGUUCACAGCACAGAUACUACAACAUUGUGACAUUUUAAAGGCUCUUUGAGUUUCUUGGGCACCUCCAAGGGCGCUGGGGUUGUAAGGAGGCUGUAACUACAGAUUGUGAAUAUAUUUAUUUUCAAAUUGUAUUCUUUGUCUUUUUAAGCAAUUAGAUUUCAAGAGUGCUCAUGCUUUCAAAAGUAAAUGAAAAUUUCUUCCUAGACUGUCCCACAGUCUUUGCGGUCCUUAGAUGAAACCACUUGUUUCAAGAUGCCUUAGUUUGGGGUUGGGUUUUCAUCUAAACACAUUUGUUUCCAGUCUUAGAUAAAUUAGUCCAUAUGGUUGGUUAAUCAAGAGUCUUCUGGGUUUGGUUUGGUGCCAUUAAAUGGCAAUUUGUGACUGAGACACCAGAGGGCACCAUUAUAACAUUGACUGCUUUGAAAGUGGUUGCUUGGGGCUGAGGUAGUUUUGGGGGAAAGAGGGAAGUUCUCAUUUAAUUUGUUUGGGAGAUUGCUGUACUUUUAUAACUUAAGCAAAUGCCUGAAAUGUAAACCAUGUAUGAUAUGAAUGAGCUGAGAGCCAGUGACCCUGAGCUCCCCUGCUGCUGCCUCUACCUUUCUGACAUGGCCUUCCAUCUGGGAAUUUGAUACAUGUACAAAUGAUCUGUUGGCCACUGUUUCAUUCAUCCUGCCCACUGUAACCUUGUAAUGUGAUCUGAGCUCCAACAGGUGGUAUGGUAUAGAGGCAGGGAAAGCAGAGAGAGCUCUCUGAAAUGAACACUACCCACUGGUGUGUGUAGCACAAGAUAGUCUGUAGGCAUGAGUCUGAAUGUGGUUCUCACCCUCACACUUGUUUACUAGAACAUUCAUUCCCUCUGAAGGUAGUUUGCACAUGGGAAACACAGUUCUAUACCUAGAAGGUUGGAAAGUGUCUGGGACUAUAAGGGUUAACAGUCAUAAUUGCAAAGAUUGUCCGAAGGCUGAUGGAAAGCAGAGACUGAAUGGGAUUGAGAACAGAUGCGAAGCUUGAUUUAAAUUACAUUUUAUUGGAUGCUGCAGCCUUAAGAGACGUGACUGCUUUACAGUUUGUUUCCACACUGUGGGCAGCUGCUGUCUGUUCUGUGUCCACAGUAGGCUCUUGCCCAAUAAGGAGCAGCCUCCCCACCUCGUUGUGUUUGAGGCUUGGCGCCUUCCUCUUAACUGUAGGGCUUGAGUCAGGAACAUGGCUUGACUCGCAGUGGGGCUGCUAUGUAUCCUCCCUGGCUUCCAGCCAAAAUUGCAUUGGUAGGUUCAAAGGGGCCAAAUUUCUUUCCCCUCUACCUCCUUUCUCUCCCUUUCUCCUGGUAUUUGGAAAUAGGGUUUUCUGUCUACUGAUUUGUUAGUUUCCUUUUCUUUAUUUCUCUCCCCACUGUCAAUUUCUAGGUCAUUGCUGCUCUUAAGACUUUAGCAAUUGGAACAGGGUUGGUUCUGUCAAUGAUGGGUGAAGCAGACUUCGUGUCCCUGCUUGGCUUCCGCUGCCCUGUUGGGAGCAAAAGCUGAUAUAUGUUUGUCAGUAAAGUCUUAAGUGUAAUUCAGACCUCUGAGGAAGAAAGCUCUUUCCUUGCUGGCUUUUCUCACUGAAGCUGAGAGCUACAGGAAGGUUUUAGUGGGAUGGGAUGGGCUUGUGGUUAGCACUUUUUGCCAGGAUCUUAGGCUGCUUCACUUAGAGUAGUGGCAAAGAUGCUGACCUACAUUCUUCCUUUUGACGGUGGUGGAGUGUGUGCUAUAUCCUGGUUAAUCUCUUCCCCCACCCCAAGGAAGCUGAUUAAGCGUCCAUAGAGUGUUGGGUAUUGCCAUGGAAAGAGCAUAGACAAAAUAAAUUGGUGUGUGUUUCAACCCCA